GGAGGGAGUAGACUGAAUAGAUAAGAGGUUUCGGUGCAGGCUCAGCUAUUUAACAAGCUGGGUGAGAAGCACACUGCAGAACAUCUGCAGAAGAUGUGUUCCCUUCUCUCCCCCUCCACCCAGCUUCAAAGGAUGUUGCUGCUCUCCCUGCUCUUCUGCCUGGACAAUGUGAGCGGAUUCUUCCCCAACCACGAAUCGGGAGGUAUAGAUCCGGCAGUCUUCACAGAUGCUGACAUCACGACAGCAGGGGUGCUGCAGGCUGUCGCCCGUUACAUGGAGAGGAACCCGUUGCCUGGGAAAACACCUGUGGCCCCAGGAGAGCUGGAAAAUAUGAAGCCUUUGGAUGCUACUCGGCUCUUCAAGGCCUUCUAUAAAGCUGACGUCUCUCCCAGUCGGUUACUCAAAGCCAUGCAGGAACUUGUCGACGCAAACAAUCAAGUGGAAACCGACCACAAGAAGGACAACAGCUACUUCUUCUACUGCGAAAAGAUUGUCCAAAGUAUAAGCCAACUUCGAAACCUGCAGAACUCUAUGCUGGCCAGCCUGAAAGUCCCCAUGAGCUCGUCAGCUUUGGAAUCAGCUCGCCGAAGCGCUGGAAAAGCUCUUCACAUCCUCCAGAAAUUCUACAGUAACACCAACUGGGUUGAGCUGGGAAAAACCAAACCUUACGAACACCUGUUAAACCCAGCCAGUCCUGUUUUCCCUGUUGCUCCUGCUUCUAAGAAGACCUGUGACAACUGCAAAAGGCUCCCAGGAGGCCAGUUCUCAUGUGAUGGAAACAUCGUGGUGAAUGACCUGCUCACAAGUGGGUACAAAGCAGGACAGUGCACGUCAAAACCCAAAGGCAAAUGUGGACAUGGUGGAAGAAACGAUCCGCUGCAAUAUUUCUCUCCCACGGGGGGGAUCAACAAGGAGACAAAUGACCCCCGCCUCUCCCCACAUCAUCAGUUGCAUCAACAAGCAGCCGAACUAGCCAUACAAGCCACAAGGGACUUCUUUGUAGGAGAUGGGUACGGCCUCCUGGACAAGGUGGGCAGCGAUACCUUUAAGAAGUUUUUCAGCCUGGAAGGCUAUUCACUCACCUUUGUAAUAGACACAACUGGCAGCAUGUCAGAUGACAUAAAACAGGCCCAAACCACCUGCAUUGAGCUCAUCCGAAAGUAUUCCAGCUCCCCAGACGCACCCUUUAACUACAUUCUUGUUCCAUUCAAUGAUCCAGGUGUUGGCCCAGUCCAAGAGACUCAUGAUGUGGAUGAGUUUAAGUCCUUCAUCUCUAAGCUCAAAGCUGAUGGCGGGGGUGACUGCCCAGAGUUGGCACUAAGCGGUCUGAAGUUGGCUUUGGAGCACAGCCUGCCACGGUCUGAGAUCUUCAUCUUUACUGAUGCUGGAGCUAAAGACGAAUACCUGAAAGAUAAAGUCACCGUCCUGAUUGAUUCCUCUAAGUCUGUGGUGAACUUUGCUCUCACGGGUUAUUGUUCCAGCCGGAAACGCAGAGGUAUUCCCUAUCCCAGCGCUUCCCGGAGAGGUUAUUCUAACAUCUAUGAACAACUAGCUGCCUAUUCCGGAGGCUUCUAUGUGAAGACCACCAAAGGUGAACUUGGCCGGGUCUUGGGCAUCAUGGAGCUGUCUCUGAAUGCUGCCCCUGUCAAAGUGGUCCAUAAGCACUUGGAUGGAUCUCAGCUCUCUUUCCCUGUGGAUGAGACCCUCACAGAAAUCACUGUCUCCGUCAAGAGCUUAAGCGCCUCAGGAUUCACCGUUUUUCUGCUGCAGCCUUCAGGUGUCUCACCGUCCACUCACACAGUGAUCAACACAGCCAGCCACAAGAUUGUGAAGGUGUCCCCCAUUCCUGAACGGGGCAUGUGGACCAUGACUGUCUCUCCCAGGGGUUCCUACGAGGUGGAAAUCGGAGGCAAGAGUUUGCUUGACUUUUCCUACCAGAUUAUGCAGAAGCAGAAAGAGUAUGUGCUUCCGGUCCAGGGAAAACCUGUGGAAGGCUCAAAUUACACUGUGUCCCUGAGGCUGAUGGAAGAUACUAAAGGUGCUAGGAUCCAGCGCCUGGUCCCUAUCUCUGGAUCAGGGAAGCCCAUAGAUUCCAUCUCUCUGAAACAAGCCUUUGAUGCCCUUGAAAGCCCCUGGGCGAUUGCCCCCGUUUCCUUAGAUAACCCAACUACCCUGCUGACUGUGGAAGGCCUGUCUCCCGGAAACCUUCCCUUUUCACGAGUCACCAGCUAUCCCAUCAGCACAGAGUCCGUGCAGAUUGUGCCCCUGCCAAACCAAGAGAGUGCAAUGUUGCCUGGUGAGAGCCUGGAGGUCUCUGUCAUGGUGGUGAACAGUGGGCAAGCGGCUUCAUUCUCUUUUGAAGUCUGGGAUGACCAGGGUCUCCUGAGCAGCUUUACACCACCCAAAAAAUUCCUAAACCCAGGAGAGAGCGUCCUACUCAACGCAACCUUCACAGCAGCUUUAGGGAGUGACAGCUUUACCUCCAGCACUGCAACAUUCACAGCUCAAAGCUCGGCAGCUCAAAACUACUUGAAACUGCCCAUCAUGGUUGUUCCUGAAACUGCCCUGGAAACAGACCAGAUCUCACCAUUCCACGUCCUCCUAGACUUUAACAUGCCUUGUGCAGGCAGCAUGCAGCACAGACCUACCUGCUCUCAGCGCCUUUGGUACAUGAGCUUUGCUGCUAAGGAUGCUCAAAGUGCUGUCACUGUCCGUGCCACACCAGAGGGAUCUCAACUAUCUUGCAACCCACAGGGGGCAGGUGGCAGCAAGGAGGUCAUUUGUCACUAUCGGUCCAAUUGCUGCACUCCUUAUGCAGAGGUUCUGAUCGGUGAUGAAAACGGAAACACAGAUGCUUUAACUGUAGACUGCAGACAGACACAUCCUGCAGCAGCCUAGAAAAACGGACAACACUCCCAGGCCCCCUACUCCCUCCUUUUCGCAACCCCGUUUGUACCCCCAUUUUCACCUUCAUCUCGUUUUUCCCUCCCUCCCACCUUUCCGCCCUGCUUUUUGCAACUCUCCCUUGCACACACACACAUUCCCCGUUUCCAUCCUCGUCCCCCUCCCAUUCUGCAACACACACACAUGCACCACAAUCAUAAACGCUACUGUGCCUUUGAGACAAACAGACUCAAGCAAGCAGGUCAGCUUAGAGAAGGUUAAGUUCGGCUGGUGGGUGUUGUACAUAUAUGGGUGUUUGCUUGUUAAUAAUGUUAUGUACUGAAGUUCUUAUCCUGGGCCAGCAGGGGGAUACUGUAGAUAGUUAUGCAAAUGAAGGAUCGAAAGUGACGU